UCUUCUCAACCUUGAUCACCAACAAAGUAAAAACCUCCUUUGGAAAUUGGAAUCCGGAAUCCUGAUCUACUAUCAGAUAUUAUAAGCAUGAUUCGACAAAUAUCAGAAUUUAAGUAUUUGGCUCCUGAAGAGUACUCAUCCCCUUUCUCCACCAACUUCACCAUACAAGAUCCAAUAUCGGUUCUCCAUAUGAGCAAUUUCCUUACCAACAUCCCCGAGUACUUCUCAAAACCUCCUUCUUCUGUUAGCAACAACUCGACCUCUGAUGAAGCUGACACGCAACAAAACGAUAUCAUUGGAGAGCGAAAACGCAGAAGAAUGAUAUCGAAUAGGGAGUCAGCUCGAAGAUCUAGGAUAAGGAAACAAAGGCAACUGGAUGAGCUUUUGUCACAACUGGUCCAUCUUAGAACUGAUAAUCAGAGUAUCAUGGAGCAUUUGAAGCAGUUAGCAGAGAGACACGAAAAGGCACUCGAGGAGAAUGAACGAUUGAAGGAAGAGACUACUGAUAUUCGACAGAAGCUUGAUGAAAUCCAACAACCUAACAUAAGUUCGGAAAUAAUUUCUUGAGUUCUAAAUCAAUGGAAAUAUAACUUUAACUAUAUAAAUCCAUAACAAGAUAAGAUCAUUGUCUUAUAACUAUCAGCCUUCUGUAACCUGCAAAUCAAUAUAUCACUUUCUUGCUUCUAGAA